AUGACUGCUGAGGUUAUGGCUCAAGAGGAGACCCAAACAGCUGAGGUUGUUGCUGUUUCUGAGCCCCAGAAAGAGAAGGUUGGUGGAGAAAAUGUGGAACAAAAGGAAUCAUCUUUCGAUGAAAACAAGCCCAGAACGGUGGAGAAAAGCUCUUCUUACAAGGAAGAAAGCAACUUCCUUUCUGAUCUCAAAGAGUUUGAAAGGAAGGCUUUGAAUGAAUUUAAGGCUAAGCUUGAGGAAGCUAUCUUGGGGAACACACUUUUUGAGAAAGAAGAGCCAAAGAAGGAGGCUUCUGCCGAGAAUGAGGCUGAAGAGAAGGAGGAGGGGAAAAGUGUUGAGGUUGAGGAGAAGGGUUUGUGUCUUUGGGAUGUGCCCCUUUUGCCAAGCAAGGGAGCGGAAGGUGUUGAUGUGGUUCUGUUGAAGUUUUUGAGGGCUAGGGAGUUCAAAGUAAGCGAUGCAUUUGAGAUGCUGAAGAAGACCCUCAAGUGGAGGAAGGAAUCAAAGAUCGAUUCUUUGGUGGAUGAAGAUUUUGGCUCUGACUUGGCCUCUGCAGCGUACAUGAAUGGAGUUGAUCAUGAGGGGCACCCUGUAUGCUACAACAUCUUUGGCGCAUUUGAGAGUGAGGAGCUUUAUCAGAAGACUUUUGGGACUGAGGAGAGGCGUAGUGAGUUCUUGAGAUGGAGGAGCCAGAUGAUGGAGAAGGGUAUUCAGAAGCUCAAUUUGAAGCCAGGUGGCGUGUCUUCCUUGCUUCAAAUCAAUGACCUUAAGAAUUCCCCUGGUCCUUCAAAAAAGGAGCUUAGAAUUGCUACAAAGCAAACUGUUGCAAUGUUACAAGACAAUUAUCCAGAAAUGGUGGCAAAAAAUAUUUUCAUCAAUGUUCCUUUCUGGUAUUAUGCUCUUAAUGCCCUCUUAUCUCCCUUCUUAACGCAAAGAACAAAGAGCAAAAUUGUGGUUGCUCGUCCUAACAAGGUCACUGAAACAUUGAACAAGUACAUUCCAAUUGAGGAGAUCCCAGUUGAAUAUGGUGGUUUCAAGAGGGAAAAUGACGCUGAGUUCUCUUCCCAAGAUGGUGCUGUUUCAGAACUCAUUCUCAAGGCUGGAUCAACUGCAACCAUUGACAUACCUGUAUUAGAGGUUGGACACAAAGUGUGCUGGGAUUUGACUGUUCUGGGUUGGGAGGUAAGUUACAAGGAGGAAUUUGUUCCCAGCGAUGAGGGCUCUUACACAGUUAUUGUUCAAAAAGGAAAGAAAAUGGGGUCACAAGAAGGGCCUGUUAGGAACACUUUUAGGAACAAUGAAGCAGGGAAAGUUGUCCUCACUAUAGAGAACAAUUCAAACAAGAAGAAGAGGGUACUGUACCGUUACAAGACGGACAAGAGCUCCUUCUGA